AUGAAUCGCUCAGUGUCCAUCCUGUCCAACCUGUCUGAAAUGUCAGAAUCCUUCGUUUUUGGCACCACCCGCUGGUAUCCCGACGAACCAAAGACGAAUCACGACUACUCGUCUGACCUUCGGGAGCCCAAGUCCAAGACUUCCGAUACCGACAUUGACGACGACUGGUCUGAUAUGCCGACUUACAAUCCGAAGCCCUCAGCCAGGGCCUCUGGCUCCGACAUGGAGAGGGAGCGGCCUGAGCGCCGGCGAUCCAUUAAAGCCGACGUGGACCACGGCGCUGGAUCCAGCUCAUCCGCAUCUACCGGCAGCCGCCCCAUUGCCAUUCCCAGAUCGAGACAAAACAGCUCUGCGUCUGCCAUCACACUCCCUGAGGCCCUGUCCGCCAGGGGUGAGAAGCAAGGUGGUUACUUUCCCCUUCACGAAGAUCCCAAGACUCGCGUGCGCCACACUCAUCCUUUCUACCACGACAUCAAGAGCCACAUCAUGGACCACUCUGUUGAGGACGUGGACACGGGCGCGGAUGCAGACAUCGAUAUGCCCAUGCCCCGGUCCCAGUAUCAUUUAUCCGGCUCCGCAAGGGAUCAUAACGAGCCAUACUGGCUGCCAAGCGAUGAUGAUGAAGAUAGCGAACCCUUUCGCUCCGCCUCGAUGGGCAAGUAUUAUCCUGGAGUCUACGAAAGACGCCAGGCCCAGAAAAAGAGCGGUCGACCAGUUGAACCUGCACCAAGCAACAGGCCACCCGCUUCCCAGUCCAGAACCCCUAGGACUCAGAGGAACAGACCAAAACCAAAGACUCCGGUCCUUGCCCCACGGUCUGCAGCGGCUACCGAAGCCAUCCCCCCCUUGAAGCUGUCAUCAGCUGAGUAA